ACCAAGUUUAAAUAAAGAGAGAUAGUGAGAGUGAGAUUGUAGAGGAGGAGGAAAUCGAAAGGGAUUUCUUGCUACAAGAAGGAUUUAGAAGCUUUGUGGGUGCAUGGAUGGGAUUAUCUAAAAGAAUUUUGAAUCUCUGAGUUGAUCUUCAAGGUCUUGGGCGAGGAAUUGAAGGGAAAGGAAGAGAUUUAACAAAGAUUGGACGAUUCAGAGUGUAGGUAAAGAGUAGGCUCGAAUUUUGUUAAGAUGAACCGAAGGAUUGCAUCGUUCAUUUUUUUCACCCUUAUAGCAACAACUUGCCAAGCUGCUCCUACACGAAACGGGAUGAACAUAGGGGUAUGCUAUGGGUUGCUAGGGAAUGAUCUUCCACCUGCACCCCAAGUGGUGAGCCUUUAUAAGAGAUGUGGAAUCCAAAAGAUGAGACUAUACAACCCAAAUCAUGAAGCCCUGGAAGCAUUGAGAGGUUCUCAAAUACAAGUCACCUUAGGUGUACCAAAUGAAGAAAUUCCCAACCUUGCCAACAGCCAAGAAGCUGCUCAAUCCUGGUUCACAACAAACGUUGAACCCUACAUUCAAGACAUUGAAUUUUCUUGUAUUACUGUUGGCAAUGAGGCUUUCCCAGGCCAGUUUGGCCCUUCCAUAGGUCCAGCCAUGCACAACCUCAAAAAUGUUCUAAAUGAACAUAACUUACAUGGCAUUCAGGUCACCACCGUCAUCUACACUGCCGUACUCGCCAACUCGUACCCACCCUCAGCCGCUGUCUUCACCGCUGAAGCGGCCUCCAGCAUGCCCAACAUUCUACAAUUCCUAUCUGACAAUGGUGCACCCAUCAUGCUCAAUGUGUACCCUUACUUCGCCUAUGCAGGUGACCCAACAAAUGUCCGCUUAGAUUAUGCAUUGUUCAGUGCUACGGGUCCCGUGGUCCAAGAUGGAGCUUUGAGUUAUUCCAAUAUAUUUGAUGCCAUGGUGGAUGCUUUCAUUUGGGCUAUGGAGAAAAUGGGAUUCCCGAACGUCGCCGUCGCUAUUUCUGAGAGUGGUUGGCCAUCGGCAGGGAACGGGGACUUUACGACACCGGAUCUGGCUGGAACUUACAAUAGGAAUUUCAUGAAUCAUAUCAUCAAGUCGAGUGGAACACCAAAGAGGCCUAACACACAUAUGGAUGCACAUAUAUAUGCAAUGUUCAAUGAGAACCAAAAACCGAAUGGUACAGAGCAACAUUUUGGCCUUUUCUAUCCCAACAUGCAGCCGGUCUAUCUCAUUUUUCCGUAGUGUUACUAGUGGUAGUACUAGUACUCCUAGGCCAUUACUUAAUAAUGAUAAAAAUAAUAGUAAUAAUAAUAAAUGUAUUUUUAUUGGAUGAUAUAUAGUACAAUGUUUUAUUCCUUCA